AUGUCCACCUUCACCGCCCGCAUGAAAUCCGUCGUCUCGGAGACCGAACUCCUCCGCUUCGCCAGCUGCUUCUUCCACUCCGAAGCCGGCGUCAUCAACUGGGACGCCGCGGCCGCCGCGUACGACCCGGACGUCAAAGUCGCGAGUUUCAAGACGGUGACGAUGAAGGCGCUGAAUCGGGCGAAGAAGGCUGUUGCUGAGGGUGCUUCACCGACCAAGGCGGCUGCGAAUGGUGGUGAGGGCGAGGAAGGGGGGAAGAAGAAGAAGGCCGCCGGGAAGCGUAAAGCGGAUUCCGAGGCGGGGGGCAAGAAGGGCGGGAAGAAGGUGAAGAGUGAGAAGGGAGGGAAGGCUGGGGGGUUUACUGCGGUUAAUGGGGAGGAUGCCGAUGAGGGCGAGGAGGGUGAGGGGUCUGCUGCUUCUGCUUCUGCUACCGGCGAUGGAGAGGGGAAUGAGGAGACGGCUGUGAAGGCUGAAGAUGAGGGGGAGGAGUAG